UUAAAUUUAAAAUCAUUCACAUUGCAAGGCGCGAUUUGAUAAAAAUACAAACCAUAACCCUGCUGUAAAAAUUUCAAACUGCAAUUUUUAUGUGGUGUGAUUAGGUGCGGUGGGGAACACGCCUAAUUAUACUAUGCAUCAUCCUCAUCUUCCGAUUUUUCAAUUUUAGUUUCAUAAGAAAAAUAAAUAAAACGAAAAAAGGACCUUCAGUCUCUCUCUUCUCUGUUCACGACAGUCUCCGCAUCUCUCUCCUGCUUCUACCCCUUUCUGCCAUUUUAGGGUUUUGGAGCUUCGCGUUCUUAGGGAAUGUAAAAGAGUGUACCAGUAUGAGCAACGAGGUUUUUGAUGGCCCGGCAUUAGCUGAGAAGUUGUCUAAACUUAACAAUUCACAGCAAAGCAUUGAAUCGUUGUCUCGAUGGUGUAUCUCUUGCCGAAAGAAGGCUAAGCCGAUAGUUGAAACAUGGGAUAAGUUCUUUAACUCUUCCCAGAGAGAACAACGCAUAUCUUUUCUAUACCUGGCCAAUGAUAUCUUACAAAACAGCAGAAGAAAGGGCAGUGAAUUUGUGAAUGAAUUCUGGAAGGUUCUUCCUGGAGCUCUCAAGCUUGUUUACGAAAAUGGAGAUGAACAUGGGAAGAAAGUGGCAACUAGACUGGUUGAUAUUUGGGAAGAAAGAAAAGUUUUUGGCUCUCGAGGGCAGAGUCUUAAAGAUGAAAUACUGGGUAAAAUCCCUCCUACAUCUGUAAGCCAAGUAAAGAGUUCGAACCCUAUCAAGAUAGUCAAGAGGGAUGCACAUUCCGUACGGAUUAAAUUGUCUGUGGGAGAUUUGCCAGAAAAGAUUAUUACUGCAUUUCAAUCUGUUCUUGAUGAACAUGUCAGUGAGGAAGCUGCUAUAAAGAAGUGUAGCACAGCUCUGCAAUAUGUCGGCAAAAUUGAAGAAGAUGUUGAAAAUGCCUCGACUCAAGGAAAUCAGCAGGGAUCUGGAUAUCUGGAUGAGCUGCAAGAGCAGGAAAAUUUACUCAUUCAUUGUAUUGAGAAGCUUGAAAAUGCUGAGGCAACGAGGGUUUUGUUGGUUUCGCAGCUCAAAGAGGCACUUCAGGAACAAGAAUCAGAGCUAGUUCACAUUCGCACACAGUUGCAAGCUGCUCGUUGCCACAUUGAACAAGCUAGUAAUAUCAGAAAAAAAACCUCAAACAAUGCUGCUAACCACACAGCAGAAGCUAUGAAAGGAAUGGAGCAGAAUCAGUCUUUUGUUCAAUCAAGCAGUACCCAGUCUCAUCCUCUUGCACAAGCAACAGUUUCUUUUGCACCUCUGAAAGCUAAUGAUGAAGAGAGCAAAAAGGCAAGAGCUGCUGCUGUUGCUGCUAGGCUUGCUGCAUCUACUUCCUCUGCACAGAUGCUUUCCUCUGUACUUUCCUCUCUUGUUGCAGAAGAAGCUGCUUCUAUGAGUGGUAGCUUGACGUCAGGUGGAUUAACUCCAGGAAUACCCUUGUUCCCUUCAGAAAAACGACAGAAACUUGAAAAACCAAUGUCUGUAUCUGAUGCUAGCAAUGCUGAUAUAGGCAGUACUGGUUAUUUUACCCUACCACAGCAGUCAGUUGCCAAUAUGCCACUUACACCAUCAUCAGGCAUGCAAUCCCUUUCUCAAGGAAAGCAGAUGCAAUCUACUUUUUCCCAGCCACCACCCCUGCCGCUCCUACCUGUUCUUCAUUCUCCUGCUACUCCAUCACAUCAAUAUGUCCAAUCCACUGGUCUUAUGUCAGGUGUAAUGCCUUUUGGAUAUGGAUCAAACACCCUUCCACCCCCACCCCCUCUACCUCUACAUUUUGGUAUGGGAUUGCCAAGGCCAAAUCCUCAAUCACAACAGCAGCCACAGCCGCACCAGUCACCACAGCAGCAGCAACAACAGCUGCAACCUGCCAAUGGAGGAUUUUAUAGACCACCAGGUAUAGGGUUCUAUGGGCAAAACCACCAACCGACUACGCCACCAGUUCAUCGGCAGUGAAGUCUUGUAAGAAAUUUGUUAACAGGGCAAGAAGUGUGUUCCAACUUUGAGGGCAUUUCAAAGGAGAUAGGCAAAAUGCAAGCCAAUACUGCAACAACAGUGGCAAUUACGUUACCAAAAUCAACAAUACAAGCUGAAACUUUUAGACAGAUUGUUCUGUAAAAUAUUAGGAAGUAGGAAGUAGUAGUUUCUAGAAAAUAUUUCUCCCAUAGGUAGUGGUUGCUUGGUGGAUGCAUUUUAGCAUUACAUGAUGUUCAGUAUAUUUAACUAAUUCUGAUUGGGAAAUUACUAAUAUGAGCUUGAAAUUGUUAAAGGUGUCUGGUCCUAUCAGCUGGGCUUAGACAGGCUUCUUCUAAAUUUGAGGCUAAUUAUUUAGCAACUAAUUUAUAUUUGAGGCAAGCUCCUGGGCUUUGUGGGCUUCUCCUUUUCCAAGGAGAGUUGUCUGUCUUUACAAUUGUAUAAGAGUUAAGUCAAACUGCUCUGAUAGUAAAAGUAGCCGUUGUAAUUAUGUGCAAUGAUAGUGUAAACAUAAUUUUCAACUAUUUUUUUUCCUUCCC